AUGGGUGACUACUCGAAAGCACUUGAAUUUUACGAAAAAGAUCUCGAAAUCACGAAAAAAGCUCUGCCUUCGAAUCAUCCCGAUUUGGCUACUUCCUACAACAACAUCGGUGGAGUCUAUGUCGACAUGGGUGACUACUCGAAAGCACUUGAAUUUUACGAAAAAGCACAUAUAAUAAAAGUAAAAGCUCUGCCUUCGAAUCAUCCCAAAUUGGCUACUUCCUACAACAACAUCGGUGAAGUGUAUAACAACAUGGGUGACUACUCGACAGCACUUAAAUUUUACGAAAAAUCACUUAAAAUAAGAGAAAAAGCUCUCCCUUCGAAUCAUCCCGAUUUGGCUCAAUCCUACAACAAUAUCGGUCAAGUGUAUAACAACAUGGGUGACUACUCGAAAGCACUCUCAUUCUUAGAAAAGGCACUUCCUAUCUUGCAAAAAUCACUUCCACCUAACCAUCGUUAUAUUAUAAUGGUCACAAAUUCAAUUGACAAUGUAAAAAAGAAAAUGUAA